AUGGGAAGCCAAUUUAGUGUUUUAAAUAGAAAAUGGUUAAUUGAAAGAAGUAUUAUGAUUGAAAAAAGGAAAAGAAGAUCAAAUAAAUUAAUAAAAAUUUUAAUGAUGGGUAAUGAAAAUUCAGCUAAAAGUACAUUUGCUAAAAAAGUUAAAUCAAUUUAUCAAAGUGAUAAAAUUGAAAAUUCCGAUGCCAAUUCAAUUUUACCAUAUAUUAAAUUAUAUUUAUCUAAUAGUUUCAAAGAUGUUAUAAAAUUUAUUCAACAACAUCCACAAUCACCAGAUACAAAACCAAUGGUUUCAACACAAUUAGGAAUAAUAGCAUGGGAUAAAUUAUCAAGUUUUAAUUAUAUUCCAUUUAAUUUUAAACCAACAAAAGAAUUGGCAAAAUAUAUUUAUGAUAUUUGUCAUGAUCCACUUUUUAAAAGUUAUAUUUAUCCAAUAAUUUCUUCAAAAAGAGAAGAUGCAUUUUAUUUAAUUGAAAAUUGUAAAAGAAUGUCAAAUGAUGAUUAUAUACCAAAUGAUGAAGAUAUAAUUAGAUGUUCAAAAAAUAAUCAAAGUGGAGUAUUUGAUACUAAAUUAGAGAUUGGAAAAAGUGAAUUUGUAUUUGUUGAUACAGGUAAUCAAAAAUGUGAUAGAAAGAAAUGGGUUCAUCAAUUUGAAGAUGUUGAUAUAAUAUUAUUUUUUUUGGCUUUAGAUGAAUUUGAUUUACCACCUGAUGAAAUUAAAUCACAAUCACAAUCAGUUCAUGAUUGUUAUAAUAAAUUAAAUGAAAAUAUAUUAGUAUUUGAUGAAAUUGUAAAUAAUCACUUCUUUUCAAAUACACCCGUAAUUGUUUUAUUUAAUAAAAAAGAACAAUUAAUUGAAAAAUUAAAAACAACAACUUUUUCACAACAUUAUCCAGAUUAUCAAAGUAAUUCAAAUAAUCCAAACGACAUUUUUUCUUUUAUUUCAAAUCAAUUUAAAUUAAGAGAUCAUUUUCCAUUAAACAAACGUUUAUUUAUUCAUUCUUUUAAUUCUUCAGAUACUAAUCAAAUCGAUUUCUUUCAAUAUGUUAAAAAAAUAUUAGAAGAUACAAUUUAA